AAUUAGGUCAACAAAAGUUGUCAUCUAUGUUAUGCUUAUCUUCAAAAUCCCACCCAAAAAAGCAGCCGAAGCAAUGUUAUUCGAAUCACAUGGUGACAAUCUAAACCAUAAGUAACCAUUACAAAGCAAACAAAGCAGCAGCCACCAAACUAAUUGACCCUACAAAGAUCCACCCUGUAUUAAUCUCCUAACAGAAAACAAAAACAAGCCCCCAAAACUUAAUUUAUGAUGACAGCACAAAAACAACUUGUAUUUUAUCGCAAUUUGAUUAUCCACUUCAAUUAUCCACAAAAUUCAUUGAAUUUAUAAACUGUUUUGUUAUAAACCUUUAUCUGGGUGCCUCAAAAAGUCUGCAACUUGGGUUAAAUUGAAAGUUGCAAGUAUUUUUUGCUAUUAGCUUUAAAAGGGAGGAUUUUGGGUGCUGUGCUUGUUGGGUUUUUGUUGGUAUAACCCUUUUUUCUGGGUUAUUGAAAAAGUUUGGAACGGUGCGUUCAAAAUUUGUCAAUUGGGUGCAUAUUUUGUGUGUUCUUGAAGAAUUCUCUGGUGUUUUGGUUGCUGAAACAGUUGGGGUUUUGUUGGGCAUAACCCUCUUUCCUGGGCACCUAAUAAAGUUUUUAACUUUGCAUUCAAAUUUUGUUAUUGGGUACAAUCUUUUGUAAUUUUGAAAAUUCCUGACAAUUUUGGUUGCUAAACCCAGUUUGGGUACCUGAAAAAGUCGGUCACUUGCAUUUGAAUUGUGUCAAAAGCUGCAAAAUUGGGCUUUUUUUUUUGGUGAAAUAGUUGGAUUUUGUGUAGGUCCAUCAAUGGCGGAUUUGGGGAAGGAAGAGAAGUUGGGAGGUGGUUGUGAGAAAGAGGAAGAAGAGAGAUUAAUUGAAGGGGUUUCAGUAUUAGAUUUUGAUGUGUUGUGUUCAACGGUUGCUAUGCAAAGCCAAGGAAAAUGGAGGUUAUUUGAAAAUGAAGAAGUAGGUGAAGAUGGUGGUGGAGGUGGUGGGGUUUUGAGGAUGUGGGAAGGUGAAGUUCUUGAUUGUUUCGAUGAUCGUAGUAUUGCCAUUGAAUCUCUCUGUUGUCCAUGCUACAGAUUUGGGAAGAACAUGAGACGAGCUGGUGUAGGACCUUGCUUUCUUCAGGGAGCUGUCUAUUUCCUUCUAGCCGUGUCAGCAUUUCUCAGUUGUGUUGCCUUCUUGGUGACCAGGAGACGUUGUUUCCUAUAUUUGACCAUCGCAUUGACCAUGUCAGUGGGGACAUACUUGGGUUUCUUCCGCACGCGGAUAAGAAAGAAGUUUAAUAUUAGGGGUAGCGACAAUUCAUUGGACGAUUGUGUUUACCAUCUGGUUUGCCCUUGCUGCACCUUAUGUCAGGAAUCAAGAACAUUGGAGAUGAACAAUGUUCAAGGAGGCACUUGGCAUGGACGGGGCGACACAAUAUGCGUGGGAACUGUUGGUGAAGGUAGAAAAGCAUUUGUUGAGCUACAUCCCCCGCCUCUUGUUUCAGCACAGUUUCACGAAACCAAUGCAUCAUCAAGAGUUGAAACAGAUUUUCCAUAAUCAAUGUUGAGCAGAAAAUUCUGGCACACCCCAUUUGGGAACACCUUCUAAUGUUGUUGCAGAUUGAGGAAACAUUAACAUGAACGUGCUUUGGAAACCUUAGAUCAGGUAGAAAAGGAUGAAUGCUGCCCCCAUACAGACUAGCAGGCGAAGCUGCAGGUUGUGUGCUUUGGUUGCAUAUGUAAAUUAAUUGCAGUUAUUGAGGAUAGAUAACACUGUAAUUGUUUAGUAGGGGGGUUCAUUUAUUGCAGUUAUUGAGGAUAGAUAACACAUGUAAUCAUUCUCAGUUUCUCGCCAUUUAUUCUCAUGUUGACGUUCCGUUUGA